AUGAAGCCCUGCGCGCGCCUGUCCGGCCUGUGUGGCCUCGCCGCUUUCCUCGCGGGUCUCGUGGCCAUCAUCAGCCUCCCCGCGACCCACGCCAGCGAUGACCGUGGCCCACAGCUUGGAACGUGUGCCACGUGGCGCUGGGGCUGUGGGAAGGAUGCCACGUGCAAUGAUGAUGAUAACGUUGUCGGGUGCAUCUGCAAUGAUAAGACUCUUACCUACAAUUACGACACCAUGACCUGUGAUGACGCGUGUGUCGGCUGGGACUGCGGGUUAGAGGCGUCGUGCAUUGGCACGGGUGCUCCCAUUCCUCCGUGUGUGUGCAACAGUAAAGGCUUUACCUUCGUCCAAUCUGACAAGACGUGCUUUGCCCCGUUGGUGCGCACGACGGUGCAGAUCAAAGGCCUGCUCAGCCCGCUCAUGAACAUCACCUUCUCCACGGACGGGCCGGCAGAGCAGCAGGCCAGCGGCACCACGGCGUGCAGCAACGUGGGGCAGAAGAUCUACAGCGAGACCGACAUCACCGUCGUAUGGAACGCAACUAACCCAGCCGCCAAUCCCACCUCAAACCCAAACUCACCCUCGCUGCAAGACGCCGCGGCUGGCGCUGCCAUGUGCAAGAGCCUGUUGUUCUACUCGGGGCUGUGGUGCGAGGAGGAUGUGGAGUUGACUCUCGCGCGUCCUCGUCCCGUGAAGCGCGGCCGUACCACUGCGUACCCCGUCACGAAAAAGUAUAUCAAAGACAUUUAUUUGGUGCAAUCAGUUGGCUGCGAGAUCACCACGUGCCACAAGGAUUGUGGAGCUGCUGAGUGCGUUGUGAAGGACGGCCAGCAGCAGUGCCAGUGCCCCGAGGGCUUCGUGUUCAACGCAACCAAGAAGACCUGCCGCGCUCCUCCUCCUCCCAAGUGCAGGCCUGCCUGCACUGAUGUGCACAUCUUAUUUAUGAUCAAGUUCAAGAUGAAGGAGCUGGUAGACAAGGGAGGGCAGGACAGGCAACCCUUGCUCAACAUGAAGGAGGCAGAAGCUGGAAGUGCCAGCAGGAUACCGAAUGGUGGGGGGGGCUGA